UUAUGGUAACAGCCUGUGCACAAAGAUUAACCAUGGGCAUCUUUUUCUUCUAGCUAACACCGGGGCCUGUUUUCCCAAGCAAGAUCCCGAGCGCGGCGGAGGUCACAUGAUCUCCACGGACGACCUGGAGUACCCGCGGGAGUACCGCACGCUGGGGAACGGCACCCGGCGCUUCUCCAACGUGGGCCUGGUGCACACGUCCGAGCACCGGCACACGGUCAUCGCCGCCCAGAGCCUGGAGGCCCUCACCAGCCUGCAGAAGGCCGACAUGGAGCGCAAGCGCGACGCCUUCAUGGACCACCUCAAGAGCAAGUACCCGACACAGCACCCGCCCUCCCCCUCCCCGUCCCACGGCAGCAUGAGGGGCACGCCGGACCGCGAUCGCGCCCGUGAGCAGCAACAGCCGAACUACUGGAGCUUUAAGGUCAGUGCUACUCGUAGCCCGCGUCAUUCCCAGUCCACGCAGUCUGGCCUGGCCGACCAGGCCACAAAGCUGUCCUUCGCCUCAGCCGAGUCCCUGGAGACCAUGUCCGAGACCGACGUCCCGCUCGGCUUCAGCCGCAUGAACCGCUUCCGGCAGAGCCUGCCGCUGUCUCGCUCCGCCAGCCAGACCAAGCUGCGCUCGCCAGGCGUGCUCUUCCUGCAGUUUGGGGACGAGACGCGGCGGGUGCACAUCACGCACGAGCUGAGCAGCCUGGACACGCUGCACGCGCUCAUCGUGCACAUGUUCCCGCAGAAGCUCACCAUGGGCAUGCUCAAGUCCCCCAACACGGCCAUCCUCAUCAAGGACGAGGCGCGCAACGUCUUCUACGAGCUGGAGGACGUGCGGGACAUCCAGGACCGCAGCAUCAUCAAGAUCUACCGCAAGGAGCCCAUCUACGCCUCCUACCCGGCCGCGCACCUGGCCAAUGGGGACCUGCGGAGAGAGAUGGUAUACACAUCCCGUGAGUCCUCGCCCACCCGGCGCCUCAACAACCUGCCCUCCUCCGCCUCACCGCCCUCCGGCUCGCCCUCCCGCUCCCGCCUGUCCUACAGCGGGGGCCGCCCCCCGUCCUACGCCGGGCCGGGCCACCCGCAGCAGCCGCACCCCCACCACCCCUCGGCGGGGCACCCGGCUGGCCCCGGCCUGUCCCCGUCCCCCAGCGCCAUCCUGGAGCGCCGCGACGUCAAGCCCGACGAGGAGGUUUCCGGCAAGAACAUGGUGCUGCUGAAGAACGAGGGCCUGUACGCUGACCCCUACAACCUGGUGCACGAGGGCAGGCUGAGCAUCGCCUCCACGCAGUCACUGGCCGCCAUCGGUGACCCCUUCGGCUUCCCUGUCUCCGGGGGUCUGUACCGCCGCGGCUCCGUGCGCUCCCUCAGCACCUACUCCGCCGCCGCCCUGCAGGGGGAGCUGGAGGAGGCCCUCUACAAGCCUGGGGGCCCCCUGUACUCGGACUCCUACGCCUCCACGCUGGGCAUGGGCUUCCGCCUGCCCCCCUCCUCCCCGCAGAAGAUCCCGGACAUGCAACUGCGGGACAGGGACUCCUAUUCGGGCCCGCCUAGCCGAGCGUCCCCCGUGCGCCAGACCUUCCGGAAGGACUCCGCCUCCUCCUCCGUGUUCGUGGAGAGCCCCAAGUCCCGGCCCGGCUCUAGCUCGGAGCCGCUGUGCGGGCCUGGGGGCCCGGGGGGGGAGGGGGUGAGGGGGACACCAGGGUUCGGCUCCCCCCUGUCUGGCAACGAGACAGAGACACGUGAGCGCAUGGAGGCCAUGGAGAAGCAGAUUGCCAGUCUCACAGGCCUGGUGCAGAGUGUACUGACCCGAGGCCCAGACAGUGACAGCACGGAGAAGACUGAGUCCACCAGCGACGGAUCGGCCACAGGAACCCUGACGCCGUCGGCCCCCCUGGCCCUGAUGCCGCCCCCUCCCAGCGGGGCCACGCAGGCCACCACCGUCACGCGCCUGCAGAUGCAGCUGCACCUGCACGACCUGCAGCAGAACGCCACCGACCUGCGGGAGCAGCUGUCCCAGCUGCGCAAGAUGCAGCUCCAGAAUGCGGACUCAGUGCGGUCGCUGCUGAAACGGACGGAGACAGAAAUCAGCGUUCGGGUGACAGAUGCCCUGCGCAAGCAAGAGGACCCUUUGCAGAGGCAGCGCCUCCUGGUGGAGGAGGAGAGACUCAAGUACCUAAAUGAGGAGGAGCUUAUCAUCCAGCAGCUGCAUGACCUGGAGAAGUCAGUGGAGGAGAUCCAGAAGGACUCGUCUGUGAACCACAGGCUGGUGACGGUACAGGAGCUGGAGGAGAAGGCUGUGGUGCUGAGGAAGCUGGGAGAAACUCUCACUGAGCUGAAGAACCAGUUCCCCAGCCUGCAGAGUAAGAUGCGUGUGGUGCUGAGGGUGGAGGUGGAGGCGGUCAAGUUCCUGAAGGAGGAGCCGCAGAGGCUAGACGCUCUGCUGAAGCGCUGCAAGACCAUCACCGAUACCCUGGCCACGCUGCGCAGGCAAGUGAAUGAGGGAACAAUAUGGAAGAGGCAGGAGGACGUGUCCAGCUCCUCGCCCAAGAAUGCCGACGACUUCGGGAAGAGCGCGGAGUUCGACAUCCCCACCAGCCCGCCCCUCAACCUCAACGACCUGGGAGACAGCACCGGCCUCUCCAACUGGACGCCCCAGGUCAGCUCGGCCCUCGGCCACGGUAGCCCCUCCGCCCCCCACCGCGACACCCACCCGCCUGUCCCGCUUAAGAGCCGUGCCCUGGAGGAGCUGUCCAGCCGCCGUGGGGUGGACAAAUCGGUGUCCGUGGAGGUCAGACUGGCUGCGGAGAGGGACUGGGAAGAGAAGCGGGCCAGCCUGACUCAGUACAGCACCCAGGACAUCAACCGGCUGCUGGAGGAGACCCAGGCCGAGCUCAUGAAGGCCAUCCCUGACCUGGACUUUGCCGCCAAGCAGAUCAAGCCGCCCGUGCCCGCCCCGCCCUCCUCCCAGAGUGCCACGCCCACCCCAGAGCACCGGCCCAGCAAGCCCCAGCACGUCCACAAGCUGUCCAGCAGAGAGGCCGGCUCGCGGCGUGGCUCUGACGAGCUCACGGUGGCUCGGUACCGCACGGAAAAGCCCUCCAAGUCACCCCCUCCCCCGCCGCCGCGCCGCAGUUUCCCAUCAUCCCCGGGGCUCACCUGCCGCAGUGGGGAGGUCAUCAGCCCUGUCAAGAGCAUCAAGAAGUCAGAGUCUGAAGAGACAGAGGUGCAGAAGCCCCACGUCAAACUGCGGAGGACUGUUUCAGAGGCCCCGCGUCCCGCCUCAACCCCCCCAGUCAUCGCCUCGGGGGGGCGGGAAGAGGAGGAUGAGGAGAGGAACGCCGCAGAGCUGGAGAGUGGCGCCAGUCCCUCCGGCAAGCCGCUCCACUCCGCCGCCUCCCGCCUCAAGCACCUCCAGCAGAGCAGCCCAGAGAAGAGCAAGACAGGAAAGCCGCGUGAUGAGCCUGUCAAAACCCAGGGGCAGCAGCAGCAGUGAACCGCCCCGCUCUCCCAGACGCUUCCUCCUCCUCUUCCACCUCCUCCUCCUCCUCCUCCCAACGUGAUCCAACUACAGAGCUGUCUGCCCCUGCGCUCUGCCGGUCCUGGAGAGGGUCCCUGCCUGCCCGUGUGUUUCAGUGCACACUUCUCAAAACCUGCCAAUCUGUCUGUAUGGGGCUGGGGAGAGCUGCCAUGGCCUACAGACCCACUACAGCCUCCCCUGCUACAAGACUGUGCUUUCUUUUUCUGUUUCUCUUUCUUCUCUGAAACCUACCCCAUCUUCUCCCAUCUUCUUCCUUUUCUUUUUCAUCCUCCUCUUCCUCCUCUCCUUCCCCCCGGGACUGCGCCUGUAGGCUCUUGGCGGCAGCAGCAGCAGCAGUGCCUCGGAGCCCCUCCUCCCUGGCACUCGGACUGUCAGCUUCUCUGGUCGGCUGCCCUCCUCCACU